AUGAGUCUUCUCAAAGAGCGAAAACCAAAGAAGCCGCAUUACAUCCCGAGGCCUCCAGGAAAACCCUUCAAGUAUAAGUGUUUCCAGUGCCCUUUCACUUGCAAUGAAAAGUCACACCUUUUCAACCACAUGAAGUACGGUCUCUGCAAAAACUCCAUCACUUUAGUGUCAGAGCAGGACCGCAUCCCCAAGUGCCCCAAAUCCAACUCUCUGGACCCUAAGCAGACAAAUCAGCCAGACGCGGCAGCAAAGCCCACCUCUGCCAAGCCUGUCACCAACGGGCUCCCACACUUUGAGGCCAAGCUCCAGCAAAGCCUUGGCAAGGACGACAUCAAGGAAAACGUGGAACUGCAGGCACGUGGGCCCCACAGGUGCCCAGGACAGAAGCCUGCUCUCCAGGAAGAAGCAGCAUCCCUGAGUCCAGCUCCAGAAGCCACCAGGGGCACUCAGCCUGUUCUGGAAGGCAUUGUGCGGCCUUCGGCAUUUGUCCCAGUGGGAGAGCACAGACUCAAAGGGCCAGAGCACGCUGAAGCUCCUGAACUGCUGGCCCUGCCCGGCCCCACAGCCAAAGCCACCUCCUUCCACACCAAGUCCGCAUUCCAUGCUCCUGGCUACCCGUGGAAACCUGGCGCGCCUUUCCUCCCGCCUGAGUUCCCACACAAAAUCCCCUCCACAAAGGGGUUUCGUGCCAUUUCCCCUUACAUGCACCCCGCAAUCCCAGAGUACCAGCCGCACUUCUACACAGAGCAUGGACUGGCCACUGUCUAUUCACCCUACCUACUUGCUGGGAACUCGCCUGAGUGUGAUGCCCCCCUGCUGUCCGUCUAUGGGGCCCAAGACCAAAGGCACUUGCUGCCUCCCCCGGGGCCGGUCCCCAAGCACCUGAACCCCCCCUCGGCAUAUGACCAUUACAGGUUCCUCCAGCAGUAUCACUCCAGCCUGCCAAUUCCUUAUGGGUUUUACAGGCCAGAGUCUGCGUUCUCCUCCUACGGGCUCAGACUUCCACCCGUCACGGGCAUGUCCAGAGAUCACAGCUCUCACCUACUGGAAGAGGCUCUGCUCUACCCGGCCCUGAGUCCAUCCAAGUCAAGUCCUUCCAACAUGCACAAAAAACACACAGAGUUUGAGAAGGAGAGCCCAACUCCCGAGGCCAAAGACCCCUCCCAAGAUGGGCAGCGGGACACAGACGGAACCAAAAUGAGCCCUCGUGCAGGCAGCGCAGCCACUGGCUCCCCUGGAAGGCCGAGCCCCACCAACUUCACGCAGACAAGUCAGCCAUGUGCCGAGCCGUGCGGCCUCUCGGACAGGCCGGCCGCCAGCACCCUGGGAAGGCUCCACCAGCCCGAACAAAGCCUCACAGCCUUCAAGCCUGUCAAGAAAAGUACAGAGCACCCACAUUCCCAGGCUCUGGAAAACAGAGAAGAGUCCCCAAAAAGCCUCGACGCCAUGAACGGAGACACUCCAGGCGAGACAGGAAGCACCUCUCAUGGUCCAGAGGCCGCACCUCCCAGCCCAGAGGACGGCCCCAGGACGGCCCCGCUAAACCUCUCCAAGAAACCAGAGGCCAAAGCAGCCACUCACAGCUCGGUGUACAAGGACUUUGCAGAAGUGCAGGAUGUGCCUCUCAACCUCUCAGUGAAGGACCCCUGUAAUGCCCUGACUCCGAGACCUCCCUUCCACAGCCGACCGCAAGAGGCAGAACCCGCCCCUGCCCCCGCUCAAAACACUGCCACGGAACAUCCCGAAGAUGGGCCAGAACAUGCCCAGAUGAACCAAAGCAGCCUCGAUGCAGCAGAGGUGCCACCAAGAACACCUGCUGCGAAGGCCCAGGACGCGAGGGCGCUGGACAGCGGCGACGAGCAGAAGCAGACGGCCGCCGUGGCCCUCUGCCAGCUGGCGGCCUACAGCCCAGGGAACGUCCAGGUGGGCGAUGGGGAGCCCAAGGCCCCAGAGUCCGCCUGCCCACAAGACACACCCACUCUCAGCGCCACGGAAAACCUGGAGGCUCAGUGUGACCUCAGACCCAGAGGCCAAAAGAGGACAAGCCCCAGGGAUGCAGGGAAGUCCCAGCAAGGAACGAAGAAGACGAAGCCGAGCGACACAGCCAGAGUGUUCACCCUUCGUAAAAGAACUCGGGUGUCUUAGUGCCGGCUCUUGCCAGAUGCAGACACACCUUCCAAAGUAGGUUACAACAGCAGCGACU